UUCUGGUUGUAGUAGUUUUUUUUGUUUGGAAUAGCAGACUCGCUUCUCAACAAAGCUGUUUUGUUAGUGUCUUUUUUUCUGCUAUGGGUCAGGGGUGGAAGCGGGUCCACUUAUUGGUUUUCUUGAUUUUCUUGAAACAUGCUGUUGGAUAUGAAGGCUGGAUUUCUCAGAAUGUUCAGCCUCAGAAUCGGUCUGUCCACAAGCUCUUUUCCCCUAGUGAAGUCCAGUCUUCUGUGUUGGAGGCUCCAGUGACUGGAAGCAUUCCUGUUGAAGAAGUGGCCUCUAAUAUGUUUGCUGGGAAGAACCCAAAUGCCAGCAGGCCUCUAUUUUCCCUUUCACGUCAGUAUGUAAAAGGAGGCUUUUCCAGCAGCUAUGGAUCUGUGUCUCAUACCCAAAGUGCACCAAGUGUCUUGGACAGCAUUUCGUCACUGCUACAACUCCAGGGUUCCUCCAGUCCAAAUGCCCAGGAUGUAUUUAACCAGUCAACUAGUGGACAAGGUUCCUAUAGCCAGUCUUCUCCAUAUGGUUCUGGACUGCAAAGAGUUUCUGCUGAACUUGCUUCCACACCAGUCCGAGGUGGUAGUUCCAUUGGCUUGUCCAUCCUGUCAAAGCUUGGUCUCUCACCUCUUGAUGUUUCUGACCCACUCACCGGUGAUCAAAGCUCCUCAAACAUGUCUACAAGUGCUCAGAGCAGCUCUGGCCUUCAGUUGGGAGGAACCUCUAGUCUGCUUCCUGCAAAGAGUAGCUCUUCCACAGGGUCCUCAAGCAGUUCCCGCCGUUUCUUUACUUCUACUUAUCAGGGCAGCUCUGGGUCACAACUGGCAGGAGGUUCCAGCCGGCUUGUUUCUGCAAGUGGUUUGUUCACCCAGUCUCCAAGUACUGAAAGUCAGGAUACCCCUGGGUCCUCGUAUGCCAAGCUUGCUGCCUCACCCCUAGAUUUUAGCCAGUCUACCACUGAUCAGAGCUCUUACAGCCAGUAUACACCAAGCUCAGAGAGCGGAGUUGGCACUCAACUGGCAGCUUCCCAUCAUCCUGUACCUGGACAGGGUAGUCGUUAUGGUUCAUCUGUCGAGCUUCAAGAUGCCACUAGCCAGCAUGCUCAAACUUUUUCCUUUGGUGCAAAACUGCCUGUGUCCAGUCAGUACUAUCAAGCAACUCGGAGUGGUUCUCUAUCUCAAAGCCGACUAUCUCAGGAGCCUUCAGCCUCAAGGACCCAAGGACUUCAGGCAGUGUCACAAGGAUCUGGUACAUCACAGAGCAGUUCUUGGUCUCCAAGUAGGUUCUCUUCACUGUCUUCUGCAGGAGGUUCUCUCGGCUCUACUGAUGGCUCUUCUGUACAGUCUCAACAUGCCUCCAGCCAGAAUGCCCUGGCUUCUUUGGAUGCAAAAGUGCCUUUGUACAGUCAAGCUGCUAAAAGUAGUUUAUCUUUGUCUCUGAGCUCUCCAUCUCAAGGCUCCAAGGCUCCCAGUAGGUUAUCUACCUCAGCAGUAAGUCCUGGCCAAUUUGCCUCCAAACAGGAAGGAAGUGGCAGGUAUAGUGGCUUGUCCAUGCAGUCUCAAAGUACCUCAAGUCAGCAUAGUCCUGGGUCCUCUGCAUAUGCCAAGCUUGCUGCCUCACCCCUAGGUGUUAGUCAGUUAACCAGUGGACAAAGCUCUUAUAGCCAGUAUACAUCAAGCUCCCAGAGCAGGGCUGGCACUCAGCUGGCAGGCUCUAGUCACCAUGCACCUGUGCAGUCAAGCACCUUUACUGAUGGCUCAUUCCUCCAGCUUCAAGGUACCUCUAGUCAGUAUGCACCUGUGUCUUUGGGUUCAAAAGGGCCUGUGUAUAGUCAAACUGCCCCAAGUGCAUCCUCUGCUCUGAGCCAGACAUCUCUGUGGGAACCUUCCACUUCUAGAUGGUCCCAAGGUUUUCAAACCUCUGGAGCUGUGGCAUCACAAAGCGGCUCUCCCUCUCAAGGUUCUAAGUCUCCCAGCAAGUUCUAUACCCUUACCUCAGCAGCAAGUCCCAGCCAAUUUGCCUCCAAACAGAAAGGAAGUGGUAGAUAUAGUGGCUUGUCCAUGCAGUCUCAAAGUACCUCAAGUCAGCGUAGUCCUGGGUCAUCUGGAUAUGCCAAUCUUGCUGCCUCACCCCUAGGUGUUAGUCAGUCAACCAUUGGACAAAGCUCUUACAGCCAGUAUACAUCUGGCUCCUGGAGCAGAGCUGGCACUCAGCUGGCAGGCUCUAGUCACCAUGCACCCAUGCAGACAGGAAGCAUGUUUAGUGGUGGCUCAUCUCUCCAGAUGCAAGGUACCUCUAGCCAGUAUGCACCUUCUCCUUUGGAUGUUAAAGUGCCUGUGUACAGUAAGGCUCCAAGUGGACCCUCAUUGUCUCGGAGCCAACCAUCUCAAUGGCAGCCUUCCUCUAAGUGGUCCCAAGGUUUUCAAACCUCUGGAGCUGUGGCAUCACAAAGCGACUCUCCCUCUCAAGGUUCCAAGGCUCCCAGUGGUCAGAGCACCUACAGCAAGUAUACAUCAAGCUCCCAGAGCAGGUCUGGCACUCAGCUGGCAGGCUCUAGUCCUUAUGUGCCUGUGCAGUCAGUAAGCACCUCUACUGAUGGAUCCUCUCUCCAGCUACAUGGUACCGCUAGUCAGUAUGCACCUGCUUUGGAUUCAAAAGUGCCUGUGUACGGUCAAGCUGCCCCAAGUGCUUCCUCUGCUCUGAGCCAGACAUCUCAGUGGGAACCUUCCACUUCUAAGUGGUCCCAAGGUUUUCAAACCUCUGGAGCGGUGACAUCACAAAGUAGUUCUCCCUCUCAAGGUUCCAAGGCUCCCAGUAAGUUCUCGACUCUUACCUCAGCAGCAAGUCCCACCCAAUUGGCCUCCAAACAGGAAGGAAGUGGUAGAUAUAGUGGCUUGUCCAGCCAGUCUCAAAGUGCCUCAACUCUGUUUAGUCCUGGGUCCCCUGCAUAUAUCAAGCGUGGUUCCUCCCUGCUUGACGUUUCUAGGCAUUCUGCCAGUGGUCAGCGCACCUACAGCAAGUAUACAUCAAGCUCACAGAGCAGGGCUGGCACUCAGCUGGCAGGCUCUAGUUCUUAUGUGCCUGUGCAGUCAGUAAGCACCUCUACUGAUGGCUCAUCUCUGCAGCUGCUAGGUACCUCUAGCCAGUAUGCCCCUUCGCCCUUGAAUGCAGAAGUUCUUGUGUACAGUCAGGCUGCUCCAAGUGGACCCUCAUUGUCUCAGAGCCAACCAUCUCGAUGGCAGACUUCCUCAAGGUGGUCACAAGGUUUUCAGACCUCUGGUACAGUGGCAUCACAGAGUAGCUCCAAGGCUCCCAGUAGCUUCUCUACACUUCCCUCUGCAGCAGGUCCUGGGCAUUUUGCCUCCAAACAAGAAGGAAGCGGCAAAUAUAGUGGCUUUUCCAGCCUGUCUCAAGGUACCUCAAGUCAGUAUAGCCCUGGGCCCUCUGCAUAUGCCAAACAUGGUUCCUCUCUCGAUGUUUCGAGCCAAUCUACAAGUGAUCCAAACUCUUCUGGCCUGUAUGCAUCAAGCUCCCAGAGUAUGGCUGGAACUCCGCUGGCAGGUUCUAGUCCCGUUCCUGUUCAGACAGGAAGCACCUUUACUGGGGGAUCAUCUUUCCAGUUUCAAGGUACCUCUAACCAGUAUGCACCUUCUGUGUCCAGUCAAUACACUCGGGCUUCUUCAGGUGGAUCCUCCUUGACUGGCUCAGAGGCAUCUCAAAAAUGGCAGCCUUCAGCCUCUACUUGGAGCCAAGGAUUUCAGGCCUCUGGUACAGCUGUACAUCAGAGCAGAUCUUCCCCUCAAAGCUCUCAGACUUCCAGUGGAUCUUCCUUCCUGCCAGCCCUGAGCCCUUCUGUGGAUUCUGUGGCCCAGGGGAGCCAGAGUUCUAUCUCUAGUCCUCUGAGGAUCUCAAGCUUCUUUGGUGUAGGACAACGACCCUCUAAGCUCUCAGCUCCGGCUGCUUCUGGCUCCCAAAUCCAUAGCCAAAUAUCUCCUGGUCUGUCCGCUUCAGUUCAACACCCCUCAGACUCCAUGACUUCAUCUCUUGGCUCAAGUGUCCAAGGAGCUUUACAAGGUAUUUUUUCUGGUCAGUCCAGUUCCACCUACGGCCAGACACCUUCAGGCUAUUCCAAACCAUCCCAAAGUUCCUCUGCUACAGGACGGUACUUCUCAUCUGUCAAGGGCUAAGGGACUUCCAUGCACAUUCGUGCUGUGGAAUGUCAGAGCUAAAUGGUAUAAAGCUGUGCUUUUUAAUCUAACUUUGAAGCAAUAAAUUGUUUAAUAUGAA